GGUUCACAGGUCAAGGGGUUGCCAACGAAAGAGGAAGAUGGCGACUGUAGGCAGCCAUGGAACAGGUUUAGCAGGCAGAUAAUACCGAAGACUAAAGCGCCUGUACUGCACCAUUUCGACCGCUAUUCUUUAAGACUUCACUUACAAGGAAUAAUGGUUCUGUUGUACUGCUUGCUAUGGCGGCUUUUGCUGGUUCUGGUCCAUAUCAAUAAGGCGCUCGUCUCCUGGCUCCGUGUCCGGCUUCGGAACUGGAAGGGUCGACUGUGGGAGCGGGCGAUGGCCGCUCUUCUCCUACCGGUAGCCCUGGCUGGGUUCCCGGACCACCAGAAGGAGUUAAAUCAGGACCCUCAUGCUAACACUAACCCGGUAACUGGAAACCGCAGUGCAGGUCGUCGGUCCCGGUGGCUGACUGACGGCAGGUCUCUGGAGAAGCUGCCGGUCCACAUCGGCCUGUUGGUGGCGGAGGAAGAGCCCAGCUAUACCGACAUAGCAAACCUGGCGGUGUGGUGCAUGGCUGUCGGUAUAUCUUAUGUCAGCGUCUAUGAUAGUCACGGUAUGUUUCGGAAGAACAACUCUCGCCUGCUGGAGGAGAUAGUGAGGCAGCAGCAGGACUUGCUCGGUGUAGACGGAUCCAAAUGCAACGUGGAGUUCCUUAGCAAGGGCAGUGACAAACACCAGCACCAUGUGGUCUCCUGCAGGCCCACAGUGAAAGUGUUGUCUCCAGAGGACGGGAAGCAGAGCAUUGUCCAGGCAGCACAGCAGCUUUGUCGCUCUGUGGAAAACAAAGAGAGGAGCUCCAAAGACAUCAGUGUGUCCAUGCUGGACUUACUGCUCAGAGAGUCCAAGAACGUCCCAGACCCUGAGCUGGUGGUGAAGUUCGGCCCUGUGGACAGCACGCUGGGCUUCCUCCCUUGGCACAUCAGACUCACUGAGUUCAUCUCCCUGCCCUCCCACCGAAACGUCUCCUAUGAGGACUUGUUGGGUGUUCUGCAGCGGUUCGGUGCUUGUCAGCAGCGGCUGGGCCAGUGAUGUGCAGGCAGGAAGAAGUGUGGGGUUCACAGUCAGAGAGUUUGGACAGGUGUCCCUCACUACUUGCUGUGUCCCUCACUAGUCCUCUCUCCAACUCUGUCCAUCUCCUGGGUCUUUAAAAGACAGCUCUAAGACGAGGAACCCAGGAGACACAGCCAGCCAUAUCACUUCCUGCCACCAGCGCUUGUCUUAUAAAAAAAACUCACAUUCCAGGACUUCUGGAACAUGCUUUCCAAGCCAAGAGAGAAUAGCACACUGACAGAGAAGACAGCACAGACUCAGUUCUGUCCUCUCAAAGCUUCAUUCAGUCUCCAGCUGCUGUUUUCUGCCUCCACUCAGCAGAUAACAAAGAAGAAACAAGGCUUUGUGCCUGUCUUUGUGAGGCACCCUGGGACAUCCAGCUGCAUUGCAGGGAGAAGCUCAACUCCCUACAACACGGGCCGAGAAGCGGAAGUGGAGCUGAGGGACAGAGUGCUUAAUAAUAGUGUGUAAAUAUGAGACGUCCAUGUGGCUCUCUUUGUCCCUGUGGCUCCAGCUUGCAGUCAUAUGUUCAUGUGUAGUGUUGCUUCAGACACGUACAGAGUUUGUUCAAGGUUCCUGUUAGACUGAUCAAGCUCUGAAAUAAAGAAAUGCACUGUC